CAAUCGGCUCUUGAUUCUGAAGAGCCUUCUGUUACCAGUUCGGAAAGACCAGUACGUCCUGCCUCCAAUUCCUUUGCAGCUAGCAGUGCCAGUGGCACAUGCAGCAAUUACACAGAUUCACCAUGCCAGCCUUGUGUUCAGCGCAAACUUCCACCCAUUUCCUCGAAGUCUCACAAUUUAACUCUGUCGUUUGCAGGAGCCAAUCGAGUUGCCCCAGAUUGUUCAUUCCACUCUCGUUCAACAAGAUAUAACCACCCCGACCCAAGUCAAAGCCGCACAUUCUUCAACCAGCUCAGCUUAUCUCCGUCUGAUCCUGCCGAUUGUGAUGGUGAUGAUGAUCUGGAGAUCGAUCCUGAUGUUGAAUUUGUUUCGAACCAAAAAAGCAUUCCUAACACUGGCAACCACAAUGUCAUGCCAGGAUCUUUCGAUGUCGAUAGUACUACGCUUCAUAAUUCGGACCGAGAUUCACCCACUAACUAUCGACUUAGUGGAGGCGCCUACGAUGCAACCGCAUGUAGCACUACUUGGUCUAAUAGCCGUGUAUCAUUUCCAAGAAAUGGCUUCCGUUUGUGGCCCUCUAUAGACGACACCAAUAUGCAAAACAAUCUUCAGCGUCAAAGUACAUUGAGCUUUCGAAAUAUUGCUUCUUCCGUUGGAUUACGCCAACACUCCAUAUUUUCUAGGGGAGCUCAUCAAUUAAUUCCAACCUCGGGAUCAACGAUCAUUCGAUCGGUUCAUCUCCCGUCUAGUUUUAAUAGGACUCACUCUACAACUGUUGCUCAAACUUCCUUAAUCUCUUCAGCUACUACUAUUUCUACACUAUCUUCCUCUAAAUCUCUGAACCAUUUAUACCCUUCUACUGAGUCGCCAGUUAAUGCUUCAUCUAUUCUAUCCUCAUCAAGAGGAUACAUAUAUAAAUUUAACAGCCCCAUAGUGAAUUCUGCAUGUCAUUCGCAGAGCUCAUUGAGUUUGUCUUCUGAAUGGAAUCAGGAACCCCUGCAGGAAGACGAGGAAGAUUCGGUUGAUCCACUUGUACAGUGUGGCUGUGUUGAAAUGGAUGAUUUAAAAUGCAGAAACUCAAUUCUCUGUACAGUACAUACAGUUGAAGAGAAGCGACGAGUUCAUAGAUCGCGAGAUCUAAGGGAUCUUAUGCGUGAAGCGAGGCAGCGCCAGCAGGCCCUUCGGUAG